GGGGCCGCCGGAAGUCGCCGCAGCACCGGGAAGGGGCUCAGCGCCGGCCCUCAGCUCCGCUCCUCGCCGUUCCCCUCCGCCGGGCCGGCCGGAGCGAGCGCCGCGGAGCCGCCGCCAUGUCCAACAUGGAGAAACACCUCUUUAAUUUGAAGUUUGCUGCAAAGGAACUCAACAGGAACUCCAAAAAAUGUGACAAAGAAGAAAAGGCUGAGAAAGCUAAAAUUAAGAAGGCAAUUCAGAAGGGUAACAUGGAGGUGGCACGGAUCCACGCGGAGAACGCGAUCCGCCAGAAGAACCAAGCCAUCAACUUCUUGCGGAUGAGUGCCAGGGUAGAUGCUGUGGCAGCAAGAGUUCAGACUGCAGUGACAAUGGGCAAGGUAACAAAGUCGAUGGCAGGGGUAGUUAAGUCUAUGGAUGCCACACUGAAGAGCAUGAACUUGGAAAAGAUCUCUGCACUAAUGGAUAAAUUUGAGCAUCAGUUUGAAACAUUGGAUGUUCAGACACAACAGAUGGAAGACACAAUGAGCAACACAACCACACUAACAACGCCACAGAAUCAAGUGGAUAUGCUCCUACAGGAAAUGGCAGAUGAAGCAGGCCUUGAUCUGAACAUGGAACUACCUCAAGGACAGACAGGUUCUGUUGGUACAAGUGUUGCCUCAGCAGAGCAGGAUGAGCUGUCCCAGCGACUGGCGCGCCUGCGUGAUCAAGUCUAACACGGCCGCGGCGCUCUCUACCUGCUUUCACCAUGCCCUCUCUGUACCUAACCCUUCAAUACACUAAGAAAGUGUAUCCAGUAUGGCUUUGGUGUCUGACUAUUUGUAAUGUAGGGUACUUCACUCCAAGCUUGCUACUCUUUCUAAAAUGCAUUAUAAGUGCCCCCAAAAGAUCAUCUCUUCAAUGCCCUUUUCUGUACAUUUUGAAGUUGAGAUAUUUUUUUGCAAGCUUUUGUUCACAAAAUCGAGUUGAUCCUCUGAAGUCAGCUAGUAAGGGGGGUGCCUUCUAGCUGAAGGAGAAGCAGGUUGCCAUUGAUAGGAAUUUUAAAUUAUGAUGUGAUUUCUUCUUUUUUUUUUAAUGAUGAGAACUGUUUGUGGUGGAGAACUGAUGUAUUCAGUUCAGGUGGUAGUUGUAGAUAACUUUCUGACACAGCCAAACUCCUGGAACAAGCAAAGGUGGCCAGCGUGGACUUCAUGGACUUAAAGAAGUGGACUUCAAUCUGAGGUUUUUAGCCUUUUCCAGCUUAGAGUAAUUGUGUUGACACAAGACUUGCAGUUGAAAACAUGAGUUACCAAAAGCUGUUUCCAUAUAACUGGGAACUUGUAUGGUGUCACCACCUUAGUGCAGGAGGAAUAAAAUCUAUUUUUCAACUCUUUGUCAGUUCUGUUGAGUGUUGCAGCUUGCUCCUUGUUUAAUGUUGACUGCUGUAGCUUCUCCCUGUUAUUUUCUUCUCAGUAUCCUGGGAUGCAGCCAGUUAAUGUCACUCACUCCUCUGUUCUACCAACAUCUAGCUCCUGCUAAUCAGGGCUAUCUAUAGAUUCAAGCUAAGAAACUAUAUGAAGUAACUGAAGCUGCUUUUACACAUUCUUCUGUCUUUGCUUUUAUUUAGCCACUUUGUAAUAGGUAAGGGCAAGUCUUGUGAUCUUUUCCUCCACCCUUCAGUGUUCUUCCACAUAGGAGGAUACAGCAGAUGAGAAGUGGAUGAGUAGUGCAGACUAGCUGGGUCAGAGGGUGCUGUGUUGGAUUAAGGACAGCUACUUUCCUUUUUAAAGGUGUGAUGCUGCUCUCUGCAGAUAAAUAACACACUUUGUUAUAACAUUACAAGUUUAGUGAUCUCUUUCUGCACAGGAAGAGCAUUUACCAGCUGCUUUCAGUAGCUUCAGACUUAGCGAGGUUGUGAAGCAAAUGGUUGUAGAAAUUUGCAGCUGAACCUCCUUGUGAUGUGUGGUGCUCAACAGUGAUGUUAACAUUCCCUUUCUGGCCUUACUUUUUUUGGUUUCAUCUCAGUAGAGGUGUGGGAAAGUGUGAAAGAUUAGGAAUUGGUUCUUAAUUCACUGGUGUUCAGGAUCACAAGGGUGUUCCAGUGUGAUGUUAAAGAGCAAAAAUACUUCACCUUUUUAGUCAAGCAGGAGUUUUUCAGUGAAACAGUGCAAAAAACAAAGAGGCAUUUCAGAGCAGUUUCAAGCCAUGUUCUGAAUGUGUUAGAUGGAAGUUUAGCAGGAUGUUACCUACUUCAGUAUUUCAGGCUACUGGGAAAAAAAGAAAAGAUAGACAAAACAAGCUAAAAUGUUGUGGAAUUAUCUCUCUCCCGCUGGCAGCCUAAACUAAAACAGUUUCAAACAUGCUCUUUUCAACUUGUUUAUGUGGAUUUUCAGUGCAGCUUCUUGGAAGCACAUUAAAAUGCAGGAGAAGUUGAGAGAGGUUUCAAACCCAUGUACUCACAGCUGCACUCUUCAGAUAAUCUUUGGACAUUGUUAUUCAGACCUCUUGGGAAAAGGGGCUGGAGGCUGCAUUAUUUUUUUCUUUCCUUUGGCUCCUUCUGAACAACAUAACCAUACUGGUGUGGAUCUAUGCAACCAGGUUACCCACAGCUGUGGUUAACUGCUUGUGUGUGUGCCUUUGCCUUGCUGAACUUCAUUUUGAUACUCAGUUACUCUGUGUUGUGACAGGAUUGGAAGCCUAGUCGUGUGGUAAACGGACCUCUGAGUUUAACUGUGUAGCUGAUGUAGCUGUACCACCAAGUACUGAGCUUUUCAGAGUUGAUAGCAACUUCAGGAGCUUGGCUGGUUUAUUUUGUUGUGGAAGGUGAUGAUGCUUUCAGCCUGUUCCUGGCAGUUCUUUACCCGUCCGAGGGAGCGACAGCAAUUCAGGCUCCAGUGUGGUUGAUUUUCUGUGAGCCUUGGGGCUCUGGAGAGGUUUAAAAUACAGGGAGGUGAAACUGGAUUGCUGUUAAAUAAGCUUGUUCUGCUGACUGCACACAGCCCAUUCCAUGGCCUUGAACAUGUUCAUGGCACCAAAACCAGAUUUCCAGUGUCGUUUUUAAAAGCAAUUAACAACUGAAUUUAAAAGCUUGGUUGAUGUAAUGAAUGUGACCUGUGUGAUACUGUGGUGCAAAGAACUAGGCAGCAUUCCUUGACUGGGAGGAAGACACAACUGUUUGAAACAGUGAAUUUUAACCCUGCUGAGAGUUGCUUCAUGGAACAUUCUCUGAUUCUACAUUCCAACAGGGCCAGGGUUUUGUGUUGGUUGCUUCUGUGUGUGGAUCUCCUGCCCUCUCCUGGGCAAAGAGGGUUUCCUCUCUUAGAUCUGUUGGUGAGCUGCCAUUCAGGAAGUUUUACCAGUUACAUUUUGUAUGUCUGUGUAUUUUUCUAGAGUGUUUUGGAAGUGCUUGCCACUGGAAGUGACUUGCAGAGCAGUAUUUGUUUCAUGUGUUUCUCCAUCCAAGCUCUCCUCAAAGUGUUUGCUCUGAACAGUUCUAACUCCCCACUCCUUCCUCGCUCGUGGUUCUUGUAAGUUGGUUGUGUUUGUAGUUCAUUUCAUGUGAAAUAAAUUGUUUGUACUCUUCUGUAAACCUUAUUACCAGAUAAUACUUCAAUAUUUAUGCCUCUUGAGCAGACACAUCCAAAGUGAAACAUUGCCUGAAAUGUUGCAGGAUGGUUUUGCUCAUUCUAUAUUUUAUUUCAUUGCUGUUUUUUCCCCCUUGGUUGCUAAAACUGCUGCUGUAUGGUGGUGUUAGUCUUCAUUUGAACUCCAAACUUUGAAAGCCAUGAAGAGCUUCAGAUGAAAGGAGAGGGAGGGAUAAACAUGAACAUUAACUUCCUUGGUUGCAAUGGGAUAAAAAUGAUCAAGUUGCCUUUAUGGAGAUCUUCAGAGCCAAAAAGAAACAGUAACGUUUUGUUUAACCAACUGUGUACAGAAAUAACUUCUGAAGCUGGUGAUGUGUAUAGAGAAGAGAGUAACUUUUGUAUCUGCAGUAGAGCUCGUUUGAAAGCUGCUGAACAUGUCUGGGACACUUUGUAAAUGAAACUGUAAUCGUAAAUAAAACUGUACAGACAA